AACGGUUAUGAUGUCAUCGCUCAGGGUAACCACAUAGCAACCAGUGUUAAACCAGGAAUGGAGAAUGAGUCAGGUGAACUGUAUGUUAAAGGACCAAAUGUCUUUAUGGAAUAUCUUAACAAUCCCACAGCGACAAAGUCUACCUUCUCAAAAGAUGGCUGGUUCAAAACUGGUGACACAGCAAUGUAUAAAGCUGGCGCUUAUAGUAUUCUUGGUAGGACUUCAGUUGACAUCAUCAAAAGUGGCGGAUACAAAAUAAGUGCACUUGACAUUGAGCGCCAUCUAUUGACACACCCAGACAUUAAAGACUGUGUCGUGGUUGGGCUUCCAGAUAUGACAUGGGGCCAACGUGUCGCAGCUAUAAUUAUACAGAAAGAUGGCAGCACACACAUAAAUCAACAAACUCUAAAAAAGUGGGCUGCGGACAUUUUACCAUCAUAUCAAAUUCCAUCCAUUGUGAAAGUCAUGGACGAUAUACCAAAGAAUGCUAUGGGGAAAGUCAAUAAGAAAUUAAUUGUCAAAAAUGUUUUUCC